AUGCCAACAGAGCAAUUGUCCGGUCUCCACGAACUUUCCAAGGACAUUCACAAACAGAAGAUGGCUGCAUAUCCCAAAGUGGCGAUGCCGCCAAGUGCCAAAGAGUUGGAAGAUGUUGAAGCUCUGAUCACCAUGAUGGAUGGCAAUGUCGCCCCCGAAAUCGCACUCAGCACCCUCCGUGCGAGUAAUGGAGAAAUGGACAAGGCUGCCAUCGCACUUCUCGAGAACGACAGGAGCGGUAUGCACAUACCCACCAUUAGCUUGCCUGGUGACGAGGCGCCACGGUCGGGGUCGCCGGGGCCGCGUACACCACCCCCUUCAAGGCCGGAACAAGCCCCAGCUGUAAUUGAUUUGACAGCAGACGAUGAAGACAAAGAGUUAUCCCUUGCGCUCAAGGCAUCACUGGAAGAUCAACCACCAAAAUUUGGUCCGAGUGAGCGAGCUCCAGACCCCAAUUGGGCUGUUGUACCAUCCAAUGUGGAGACUGGCGCAAGUAUCUCGCAGGACGACCAGUCUCUCAGCCGUGCAAUUGAGGCAAGCCUCCAAUAUGACUACAACAGCGACUACUUCGAAGAGCUUCCGCUGGAAGAAAGGGUAAGGAAAGGAGGCAGGCCUAUCGCCCUCCGCCCCAGCCAGGGAACUCUGACUCAUGCCGGGCUCAUCCUACAUGGUCUCUUCUACGUUCCACAAGUUCGCCAUUAUAUUUCAAAGUGGCGCCCGCCGCUCUCGUCAGCUGCCGAGUCGGAAGCAGACGUGGUAGGUGAACAGGAGACGGGUCCUCCAACCGAUGAUGGCCCGGACAUGAUGCUCUGGUCUCUGCUUGAGAUAUUCGCCCAUAUGGACCUCGUACAGACGAGCGAGCUUAAUAUUGAUGCCGCCAUAGCAGCAUUUGCCGCAGAGCAUUGGAGUACCCCCGUGGAGCGUCCUGGAGAUGUCUCAUUCCAGUUCUACAGUAGAUUGGCAUGGACGAUAGAAGCCACACUGCAUCCUGAAGCUGCGACUGAAGUCUAUACACCCUGGCCAAGACUCCUUCAUUUCCGAUAUGGCUUCAGUGAUGCAGACCUCUCACAAGCGCCUUUCGACCGCCGCCUUGACCUUUCCGUAGUCAAAGUCGACAUCCGGGGCUCUGAAGACACGAACGACCUCGUUUCAUGCCUCUCGUCCGAGUUGUCGCUGACUGGAACCGAUCCCUCUGCUAAGCAGCAAGUCAUCUUCGAGGCAUCCGAUGUCGUAGCCUUCCAGCUCAUCCGUGACAACCUUGCCCCUCCCGCAUAUUCUUCGAUCAUGAAAGGCCCAUCUGGCACGAAGGUCGCUGAGAAGCAAACAUUCAAGUAUCCAGUAUCUGUGUAUCUGGACCAGUUCUUGAAGGAUAACAUGGUGCCUGCCAAUCAGAAACGGGCGCGGAGGCACGACUUGAAUGCCGAGGCUGAGAGUCUGCUGUCAAAGAAGGAUUCCCUACUCCGGUUCAAAGAUAGGGACACAUUAGUGGACCUUCGGUCUUCGCUGCACUACUACGAGAAUGUUGCUGAGCACAACGACGAUCCAGACCGUAAGGCGGAAAUCCACGAUACUGCCCUCAAACUGCGCAAAAUUCUGACACGAAUCGAGAACGAACUUCAGACCAUUGAUGCAGCAGUAGUAAAACUGAGAAAUGAAGCGGCGAAUGCCUUCGAAUGUUCAGAAUUGCAGCAGCACAGGUACGACCUCCGGGUGGUUCUAGUGCAUGAUGGUCUGUUUGGUCGAAGCCAUAUCUACUCUUACGUCAAGGACAAGGGCAUAUGGUGGAAAACCGUAGACUAUGCGGUUACGCAAGUUUCUGAGGACAUUGUUCUCAAUGAUCCAAUAGGCCUGCACCUUGGAGCAGGCCCUUUUUUCCUGAUAUACAGCCGUGCGUUGGCUGAAGAGGAAGAGAAUAGGCGUGAGCAAUGGCCUGAAGACGUGAAGAAUUCUGUGAAACACAAUAACGGGGUAUUCCUAACUUCACUACCGCCAGAGGUAGCUGUACAGGUGGUGGAUCCUAACUCUCCUCCCUCUUCGCCCUAUUACCCCCCUACACCUUCAGAGUACACGAUUUCCUCUGAGGUGGCAGAACCGGCGCUAUCGAGGGAGGAACCCAUGGAUACAACUGAUUGA